AUGGCUUAUUAAACUCCAAAAUUAUGCAAGGCAAAUUUAGAUUAAUAAUAAACUCCAAAUUAAUAAAAUAAAGCAUGUUCUAUAAAUUAAUCAUAGACAAUAGAAAAUGAUCAAUUAUCCUCAAAAAAGAAAGUAUGACAUAAUAAAUCAUAUAUUUAGGAAGUCUAUGAAAGAAUAAUGAGUUCUUAAACAAAUAGAGAUAACUAAACAGAAGUUUCCUAAUAUUUCGAUCAUUUAGGUGGUAAGAAAUUAAAAUUUAAUUAAUAAUAGGAAAAUGCUUAUGUUCAUUAUGUAACUGUGGAAAACAUAAAUGUAAUGGUAAGAAUUGUAUCAAUAAACCAUAAUUACAUGGAAAUUAUACUAUAUAUCAGAAGGAAUUUGUGAAAAAGACUCCUGAGAAUGGAUCAAGAUGCAACUAAAAUAUUUUUUAAUAGCCUAAACCUGAAGGUGAUUUAGGUAAUGUCACAACUUACAAAGUAAGUAGAUGUAGUAUAUGAUUUUAGCAUGAUUUUCCAGGAUAUAAUAGCAAAGUAGAAUUGCAAAAAAAUUCUGCUAAGCCUACUGUAAGUGGCGUUCCUUUCUCUGGAAUUUCAACAUAUAAUAAUAUGUAUUUAAAUUGGGGAAUGGGUGAUACACCUUAAUUAUUACCAUAGAACAACCCUACUGUAAUUAAAGAAAUGCCAUUUAUGGGAAAAAGCAUUUAUAAGGAUAGUUACUAGGGAGCAUAAACAGUUCCAGCAUAAAGUUGUAAAAAUAUGAAUAAAGCAUCAAAGUAAAUUAACUAUAAUCAUUGUAGAUCACCUUUAUCACCCCCAGAUUUACAAUUUUAUGCUGAAUCAAUAGCAAAAUCAUCAUAUAAACCAUACAAACCAGAAAAGACAUAAAGUGCUAAAGGACAAUAAAAUGUAAAUUUAUACAAUAUCUAAUAGUCCAAUUAAAAUCCUUCUUAUAAUGGUUAAUAUAAUAGUGAAUAUCGCAAAGAAUUUGAUCCAAAACAUUUGAAUUAGUGUCCUGCUAAAGAAGUUUUAGAAGAAGUUGCUCGUGGCACUUAAUUUUGA